CCGCCAGAGUUGUCAACAGCUCAAGAUGGCUGCGCUGCCGAUGGUGAGGGUCGCGCUGCUUAUCGCGUUCUCGGUGUUUCUCACGCUCAUCUUGGGCUUCGGCUUGCCGUCCGUCCUCAACCUCUUCGCGCGAAGCUGCGGCUUCCCGGAGGCGAGCGUCACCGAGUGCAUAGUGCUCAUGUACGCGCUGUUCGUGCUGUACGUGGCCAUGCCUCGACUGCCCCGCGGGACAGUGAAGGUUGAAGGGAAAUCUGUGCUGGUUACUGGCUGUGACACUGGCUUUGGACUCGCUUUGGCAAAGCACUUCCACAGGCUCGGCUUCACUGUGUUUGCAGGAUGUUUGUUUAAGGAUGGAGAAGGUGCGAAGGAUCUGGAGAACGUUCAUUCGGAGAAGCUGAAGGUUGUGCAGCUGGACGUCUGCAGUGAGGAGCAGGUCUCUCAGGCGCUUCAGUUCAUCACUGCCAACCUGGAAGACCCGGAGAAAGGUCUGUGGGCCGUGGUCAACAACGCUGGCAUCUCCACAUUCGGUGAGGUGGAGUUCACCACCAUGGACACGUACAAGCAGGUUUCAGAGGUCAACCUGUGGGGCACCAUCAGAGUAACCAAAGCCUUUCUGCCUCUCAUCCGCAGGGCGAAAGGUCGUGUUGUGAACAUCGCUAGCAUGUACGGCAGAAUGGGAAACGCUCUCCGAUCCCCUUACUGUGUUUCCAAAUACGGAGUGGAGGCUUUUUCUGACUGUCUCAGGUAUGAAAUGAAGGCUUGGGGCGUCAAAGUUUCCGUCAUUGAGCCUGGAAACUUUAUCGUGGCCACGGGCAUCCUAACACGUGACAUAGUCACGACCACAGCAGAGAAGCUCUGGAAGGAGGCGCCCCCUGGUGUCCAGGAGGACUAUGGGAAAGCUCACUUUGAGCAGUACAUGGCUCUUAUGCGCUCCUACUGCAGCAGCGGCCAGCGAGAGAUCGAGCCGGUUUUAGACGACAUCACGGAUGCCAUCACGUCCAAACGGCCGUACACGCGGUACAACCCUAUGGAACCGCACUGGUGGAUUCGCAUGCAAAUAAUGACCCACCUUCCUGCCGCCAUCUCAGACAGACUCUACUUCUAACGAGAUGCCAACUUCCUACCAUCCAAUAAAUAUCGUCACAGGGUUCAUCAAUCAAUUGUUAAUACAUGCCUUAUUGAAUGCAGUCAAAUCAGUCUACAACGGUAAUAAAAAAAAAAAAAAAAAAUCACACAAAUCUUAAAGUGCCCCUAUUAUGCUUUUCAGAUAUGACCUUUCAUGUAGUGAUCUAAUACAGCUUUUCUGAAUGUAGAAAGAUCUGUUUCAAAGAUCUAAGUGCAGAUAAAUUAUUGUCUCCCAAAAGAAAGAAGCGAUUCUGAAUCACAACAUCCUGGAUCAUCUGACCAAUCAGAGCAGAGUA